AUGGUGGUAGGAGAGGAUUUAUGUGCUGUGAGGAUGGCAGAGGACUGCAGUGUGGAUUCAGACCUCCCAGACUGCAAUUGCGAUGUCACAAGGGUGAAGAAGUUGAAGGAGACCCUGGUUGCUGUGCAGCAGCUGGAUAAGAACAUGAACAGCUUGAGAUCCUGGCUCGCUCACAUUGAGUCAGAGCUGUCCAAACCCAUUGUCUACGAAACCUGUGAUUCCGAAGAGAUACAAAGGAAACUGAAUGAGCAGCAGGAACUCCAAAGGGACAUAGAGAAACACAGCACUGGAGUUGCAUCUGUUCUCAAUCUGUGUGAGGUGCUGCUCCACGACUGCGAUGCUUGUGCCACAGAAACAGAGUGCGACUCCAUCCAGCAGGCCACCCGGAACCUGGACAGAAGAUGGAGAAACAUCUGUGCAAUGUCAAUGGAAAGGCGACUUAAAAUUGAAGAGACGUGGCGACUGUGGCAAAAGUUCUUAGAUGACUAUUCUCGCUUUGAAGACUGGCUGAAAAUUUCAGAGAGGACAGCUGCCUUUCCUAGCUCCUCUGGUGUGGUGUAUACGGUUGCCAAGGAAGAGCUAAAGAAAUUUGAGGCCUUCCAAAGACAAGUGCAUGAAAGUCUGACACAGCUGGAACUGAUUAAUAAACAGUACCGCCGCCUGGCCCGAGAAAACCGCACUGACUCUGCUUGCAGCCUCAAACAGAUGGUCCAUGAAGGGAACCAGAGAUGGGACAACUUACAAAAGCGAGUCACUUCUAUCCUGCGCAGGCUAAAACAUUUUAUUGGCCAGCGCGAGGAGUUUGAGACAUCACGUGACAACAUUCUGGUCUGGCUAACAGAGAUGGAUCUGCAGUUGACCAAUAUUGAACAUUUCUCAGAGUGCGACGUCCAAGCAAAGAUAAAGCAACUCAAGGCUUUCCAGCAAGAGAUCUCCCUGAACAACAAUAAAAUUGAUCAGAUAAUUGUCCAGGGUGAGCAGCUGAUAGAGAAAAGCGAACCCAUAGAUGCAGCUGUCAUUGAAGAAGAACUGGAUGAGCUCCGGCAUUACUGUCAAGAGGUCUUUGGUCGCGUGGAACGCUACCACAAGAAAUUGAUCCGCCUUCCUCUAACAGACGAUGAACAUGACCUCUCUGACAGAGAGGUGGAUCUGGAUGAAUCAGCAGAUCUCUCUGACAUACACUGGCACGACAAAUCUGCAGACAGCAUUCUCUUCCCACACCCCUCCUCCAACCUCUCACUGUCACUUGCCCAACCGAUGAGAAGUGAGCGGUCAGGGCGGGAUACUCCUGCAAGUGUAGAUUCCAUCCCCUUGGAAUGGGAUCAUGACUAUGACCUCAGUCGGGACUUGGAGACAGCCGUUUCGAGGGCACUGCACUUAGAGGAGGAGGAAGGACAAGAAGACAAAGAUUUCUAUCUUAGGGGAGCAGCUAGUAUAGCAGAUGUAGUGAUCCCAGAAAGCCCCGAGGCCUAUGUAAAACUUACUGAAAAUGCACUCAGAAAUAUCUCUGGAGAACCAGGUGCCUUGGAAACACACAUCCGUCAGCUGGACAAGGCCUUAGACACUAGUCGUUUCCAAAUACAGCAAACAGAAAAUAUCAUUCGCAGCAAAACACCCACAGGACCGGAACUAGAUUCCAGUUACAAAGGAUAUAUGAAGCUACUGGGUGAGUGCAGUGGCAGCAUAGACUCAGUAAAAAGGCUUGGUUACAAACUGAAAGAGGAAGAGGAGAAGCUCUCUGGAUUUAUAAACCUGAAUAGUACUGAAACACAAACAGCUGGUGUGAUUGAUCGCUGGGAGUUAAUCCAGGCCCAAGCUCUAAGCAAGGAACUCAGAAUGAAACAGAACCUUCAGCAGUGGCAGCAGUUCAACUCUGACCUGAACAACAUUUGGGUUUGGUUAGUGGAGACUGAAGAGGAGCUAGAGAAACUCUGUCAUCUUGAUCUCAGCACCGACAUACAAACCAUUGAGCUCCGAAUUAAAAAACUGAAAGAGUUGCAGAAAGCUGUUGAUAACCGCAAAGCGAUCGUCCUGUCCAUCAACCUGUGCAGCUCCGAAUUCACUCAAUCUGAUAGCGAAGAAAGCAAGAAGCUGCAGGAGCGCCUAUCUCAGAUGAACAUGCGCUGGGAACGUGUAUGCAGUAUGAUUGAAGAAUGGCGUUGCUCACUGCAGGAUGCACUAAUGCAAUGUCAGGAUUUCCAUGAAAUGAGCCAUGGUUUGCUGCUUUGGUUGGAGAACAUUGACAGAAGAAAAAAUGAGAUCUUGCCUAUUAAUUCAAACCAAGACUUGGACACUCUGCAGGAUCAUCACAGACUGCUAAUGCAAAUCAGACGCGAGUUGCUAGAGUCUCAGCUGAAAGUGGUGUCACUCCAAGAUAUGUCCUGCCAACUGCUGGUCAAUGCUGAAGGCAAGGACUGCCUGGAAGCUAAAGAGAAAGUCCAUGUCAUUGGAAACAGACUCAAGGUCCUACUGAAGGAGGUCACACAUCACAUCAAGGACCUAGAGAAAAUCUUAGACAUCUCAAGCAGUCAACUGGAUUUGUCUUCAUGGUCCUCAGCUGAUGAACUGGACACUUCAGGAUCACUCAGUCCUGUAUCUGGAAGAAGCACACCAAGCAGACAGAGAACGCCACGGGGCAAAUGUAGUGUCUCACAGCCUGGACCCUCUGUCAGCAGUCCACACAGCAGGUCCAUAAGAGGUGGCUCAGAUUCCUCCCAUUCUGAGACACUGGCAGCUCAGCAGUACCCAUCCUUCUUCCUGAGAGUCCUCAGAGCUGCUCUACCACUUCAGCUUCUUCUGCUGCUCUUGAUUGGUCUUGCCUGCCUUGUACCAGUGACUGAGGAGGACUACAGCUGUACCCUAUCGAAUAAUUUUGCCCGGUCCUUCCACCCCAUGUUAAGAUAUACUAAUGGCCCUCCUCCUUUAUGA